CACAGUCUCAAAUAUCAGCUGCAACUACAUGAACUGGUCUCUUUCGAUUUAUAUCAGAGAACCCAAUGGAGUCUUUUGAAGAACCUGGUCACAUUAGUAAGGAGAACUUAUUAGAAGUUCCUUCUUUAAACGAUUCUCUCUCAGAAGAUGAAGAUGUUAAAAGUACGCAUCAACAUCGCUUCUCCCCAAGUCCCCGCAGGCGGAAUUCAGAUUCUUCUGAAGAAAUGGAGCCAGAAGCCCCAUCUACCAUUGCAAGAAAAGUUUCAUUUGCAGAUGCAUUUGGUUUUGACCUCGUAUCUGUUAAGGAGUUUGAUACCUGGGAUGUUCCAAUUUCAGCACCAGAUGAUGACUUAGAACAUGAAGAUGUGCCAGUGGAGGAAUUCUAUUUAACUCCACUGUUUACCCCACCUACCACAAAAGAUGAACUUCUGCAAAAAGUGCGAGCACAGAAAGUAUGGCUAGAGUCUGUAGAGUUUCUACCAGGGAUAACAUGUAUGAAGGGCAUAAUUCGUGUUCUGAAUGUAUCCUUUGAAAAGCUGGUCUACGUUCGAAUGUCUCUGGAUAAUUGGCUGACUUAUUAUGACAUCUUAGGAGACUAUGUGCCUAAUUCUUGUGAUGGUGAAACUGACCAGUUCUUGUUCAAGAUUUCAUUGGUUCCUCCAUAUCAGAGAGAUGGUGCAAAGAUUGAAUUUUGUAUACGUUAUGAGACAUCAGCAGGAAUAUUUUGGUCAAAUAAUGACAACAAGAAUUAUAUUUUGACCUGCCACAAAAAGGAAAGCACAUCAGCACCAACUCCACCAUCAUCAUUGGAGAAUUCUCCACUCCAGGAAGAAGUUACAGAUAAAUAUAUCAAAGGCUGCUUAAAGACAACACCAAGCAGUAAAGAAGAAAUAUUAACAACAGAUGGCGAAGACACAUGGAAAAAUUCCAGGACUUCAGAGCCAGACAUCCCCCAAAUCCUUUAUUCACAUGUGGAUGAUAGUGAAAUUAAACAAAGGAAAGAAAAUGUAGUUGAACAUGUGGAACAAACGGAAGAUGAUAAUGAAAAUGAAAAAGAAUUAGAGCUACUGCUAGGUGGAGACUUCAGUAGAACGAGUGGAUCUUCCAGGGAUGAAAGAAGUUUGUAUACAACUGAGCCAGUUAGGUUUCAAAAUGAACCACAAGAACUGGGGGAAAAGCUAGACUCUGGUUUGCUUAAGCAACCUUUGCCUAUAAGCUCUUCAUCUGAACAUGUCCCACAAGACAAAGAACUGUACAGUAAACAAAUAUAUUCCAUAGAAAAUAAAUACACUCAAAUAUCACCAGAAAAAUGUACAGGAAUAGACUCAGCAAUCAGUCCUGUACAAUCUUCAGAAUCAUUUGGCAUCUGUGAAACAUCACUACAGGAUUGGUCUGGAACAAAGGAAAAGGAGCUUCUCCAUAUUACAGAGGUUUUCUUAGGCAAAUGUGAAGAUGGUCAAAAAGAUGAAUCUGACAAUGUUACAGGAAGUCAAACAACAGAGAGAUUGUUUAUCAGCGAUGAUUAUUAUGAUGACCAUAAAAAAGUAUGGGGAACGAGACCCAAAGCAAUUCCAUUGGAAUAUAAUGAAGGAAACCAAUUAAAAGAGAAUGCUUUGGAAGGACUGGAUGACAAUCUGAAACCAUCUGGAGAACAUCAAAUCCAAGAAACUUCUUCCCAAAUUCUCAAAUCAAGUUUAGAAGGCAUUCUCAAACAUGAACCCCAAAGGGAGAUGUUUGAAAGCAAAAACCAGGUUCAUGUAAGUGGCGAGUUAAAUACCAAUACCAUAGCUGAUAUGAAUGUUACAGAAUGUUCCUUGCAAAGUUCACAUUCAGAUGAUGAGAUUGUAGAAGAAAAAUAUAUGACUGAAUGUAUCAUUGACAAAGGAAAGGAAAUCAAGUUGAGCAUUUUAGAACAACUUCCAGAAGAGAAACUAGUUAAUUCUUCCAAUGGGCAUAUAAAGCAUGUUGCACCAGACAUAGAUAAGCUAUCCAAAGGGGGAGCAAGGAUGACUUUUAGUGUGCUAGAAGAAGGAAAAGAGGGGGAAAUUCAUGAAUCAGUAGAGCUAGUGCCUCGAAAUGAUGGAGGGAACAUAAGCAAAAGCAACAAAGAAAAAGAAAGAUUAAGUUCUGUUGCAGGCGAAUUAUGUCAGGAUCUGAAAAAAACAGAAAGCAAGUAUCUAGAGGACAUUCAGAAUACAAGUAAGGUCUGCAUCAGUUGUCCAGAUUUUGUAACACCAAUGGAAGAACAAGCUGCUACACAUCCUGCCUCAAUAAACAUAGAGGAUGUGUUUGAUAGUGGAGAGCAUUUAGGAAAGGAAAAAUACAAUAAGAGCCAUGACCCAGCAAACAGAAACAUUUGGGAGACCAGGCCCUCCCGAAGUGAACCUGACAGAGUUAUUACUGAUGAUCAGAGAAGUCAGAUCAGCUGGGGGAAACCAAGUUCUAGUGGUUUAGAAAGUCAACUGGCAGAAAGAGAAAGUGAAGCAAAUAAAAGAGUGCAGAUGAAAGAGCAAACAGGGGGUGAAGCCAUGUGGGGAAUAAGAGAUACUACACAAUGUUUGAAUGUAACUCCCACAGAUGAACUGUUUACCUGCCAAGACCCGGUGAGACAUGAAGAGACUUCAGUAGCUGAGCAUGAUAGUACAGGGGAAGCAGAGGCAGUUACAGCUGCUUAUAUAAUUAAAACGAGAUCAGAAAGUACUCCAGAAAAAAUGUCUGCUAGUGAAAAAGCAGUAAUUGUUCAGUUACCUCAAGAGACUGUACUAAGUGACAGGCCCACAGAGGAGAGGGAAACAGUGUUUGAUAUACAUGAAGGGAGAAAUGAUGGUUCACAUUAUCCUCUUUGUCAAUGCAAUACAGUGGGUGUAUUAUAUGACACCAAAUUUGAAAAGGAGCCCGUUUCAGAUAUUUAUAAUGCAUACGUACAUGAAACGGUGCAUGGAGAAAUGAUUUCAGUGUGUGGUACAAGCGAAACACUCACUAGAGCAGAACAUAACACUGAAAAUGAUUCCUCAUCAGGUAAAAUAUUAUGGACUUCUUCCACAGAAGGCAAAGCCAUUUGUGGGCAGGAUUUAUCUGUGGAAAUGUCUCUGGGAGCUUUACAACAUCCUCCACAGGGCUCAUACAAGGAAGAGCCUGAAGAGGGAAACAUCUUGAGAACUUUCCUCCAUAUUGGUGCCAAAAGUGAGGAAAUAAUAUCUCCUGCUGAUACAAGUAUUGUGGGGAGCUUCUAUGAAAGCUCCUCAGUGACAUCUUCUGAAGGAUCCCUGGAAGUUCAUGCUUCUGAGAGAGAGAAAGUGUUGCAACCAUACACAGAUGAUCUAAAUAUUUCCUUGGAGUGCAAAUUCCCUUCUGAUGAUAACAUAGAAAGAAGCACAGAAGCUCAAUUUCCCUUUCAGCCGCCACGCAACCGGGAAAAUCUGCUAGGGCCAACCAUUUUAAUUAGUGAACCCAUUGAAGAAAGAGAAGAGACAAGCUCUGAAUCUGAAGGUAUAUUGCCUGAAGAUUUUAAACAGCAUACUGAAAACCCUGUUUUUGAUCAUGGUGUGAUUUCUGGCCAACAAAGUGAAGCUUCUAGUUUGCUGUUGGAAUGUCUAAUUUUAAAACAUAUUGGUUACAAAAUACUUUAUUUCCUCCUAUUUGUUGUGUUUUGUGUAACUUUGUACCACUAUGAUUUCAUAGUUUGCUUUGCCCUCUACUUAUUUUCCCUGUAUUGGCUAUACUGCGAGGGUGGCAAAAACAAAGAAUCUAUGAAGAAGGAGUAGUUUCCCAAUAUCUACAUAAUGUUCUUAAUUUGUAGUAUCAGUUGCUCCCCCAUGGCAGCAGUGUUCACCUUUAGAACAAAUACAACCCCCCUCCCUGGAAACAUUGCUUACAAGGAAUGUAUGUGAUGUUUUCUCCUUCAUACAAGAAAUUAUUCUGCAUAGGACCAUUAGGGACUUCAUUACACUUACCAGUUUAAGUGUCCUGGGAUGCUUGUCAGCCAGUUGAGGAAUGGAUGGGAAUGCAGUCCAUCACACAAUGUCCCAACUUCCAGCAGAGGAUCUACUCCCAGCUGGUGUGGAAGCGUCCUAGGACACUUCCUCAUCAACACGGAAAGGCUCCCAUGUUGUGUGGGCUCCAAUGGAGCCAGCACACUUCUAAGCCAUUUGGACUAUGUUUCUCUUAUGUGAUGGGGGAAGUGGUGCCAUACUGGAGCAGCAUGUGGGGCAAUAGAGUCAUCCUGUGCACGGGAGGGGGUGGGGAGGCACAUGUGAUAAGGUCCUAAGUUUGGAUCAUUAUAUUAAAUGCAGCUGUUACUCCUUAUUGAGUUAUGAAGAUGUGAAGCUUCAGUCUCUUUAGAUCUUGUGCCACCAUACAGCUUCACUUUCUAAGUUUUCAUUUUUUUAAAAUAAAAAGGUUUUGUAUAGCUAGUACAUAAAAAUGGAAUGGCAUUAUAACUAACUCAGUAAUAGGGCAUGUUCAGUCAGGAUUUCCUGCACUGUAUAUUUGUCAAAUUAGCACAAAUGGAAGGAAUAAAGGUAUUGCACUAGCACUCAAAUCAUGUAAAGUUUUACCAUUCCUUUGUGUGGACAAUGCCACCUACGCCCAUCCCACCAGUGUCUUAUUCUGUCAGGUGGAUAAAUGGGAAUUUUUCAUUGAGUGGACUGUAAUCUGUAUCUCUGCAUUGGAGCUCUGCUCUCCAUUCAAACUAUUCUAUGUGCAUAUGCCAUAUUAAUAUUGACCAUGGGCACAACCCACAAGGAAGUCGUCCUAUGCAUGCACCAAUGAAAUGAACAGGACUCAUGAAAGAACAUAUGGAUUAUGCCCCAUGCUUUGAAUGAUCUAGCAUGAUUAACCAGUGCCUAGAUAUGUAGAAGUAGACACUUUGUGGUUUAAAAAGCUGCUGUUUUUCCAAUAUAAUGAAUUAUGUCAGUAAUAUUACUAUUAGCAGUCAAUGUAGCAAUUAUGAUGUAUGUGUUUUAAAUCAAAAGACUAAGCAGAACAAUCAUGCUCUCAUUCACACCGAAGAAGAAAUGGAUUGAUAUACUGUAGUCCAGAGGAUACAAAUUGGUUGUCUUCAGAUAAUGUUUAUAUUUUUGUAAAUGUUUAACACUAGGGAAGAAUUUCGCUCAAGUUUAGUGUCUUUUUUCCAAGUUGGACUUUGUGAAUUGUAUCAUUUUGACCAUGUUGUUUAAGAAAGGCAAGCUCAGUGAGCCUUGAAUAACAGUAAUAAAGAAAGUUUGAAUGA